AUGGGUUUGGCUUAUAAUGGAACCGUAAGUACAACAAUCACUGGACGUAAUUGCAAGAGUUGGGCAGGAAUAACUAUUAAUGACGAAUUGCAAACAGCUCAACAUAACUAUUGCCGAAAUCCUGAUGCAUCCUCAAAUGGACCUUGGUGUUUUACAACUGACCCUGAAGUAUUCUGGGAAUUUUGCAGUAUUCCGUUAUGUGCAAAAGAAUGUCUGCAAAAUACGAAGGGUUUGGCUUAUAAAGGAACCGUAAGUACAACACGCAGUGGACAUAACUGCAAGAGUUGGGCAGGAAUAUCUAUAAAUAACGAAAUACAAACAGAUCAACAUAACUAUUGCCGAAAUCCUGAUGCAGACCCUAAUGGACCUUGGUGUUUUACAUCUAACCCAGAUGUCUUAUGGGAAGAGUGCAGUAUUCCGUUAUGUGUAACACAGAUUGGCAAACUAGAUGAUGAUGAUGAUGAUGAUGACGUUGAUAUUACAACAAAACCAGGUGAGACCAUCAAGAAAGAUUAA